CUUCCUGCUUCCACAUUUGUCCUCUAAACUAAAACAGACUGUAGCUUUGUGACAUGCUCUGUGUUUGGAACCAGCAGUUGGUGUGGAACAGAAAGCAGCCUGCACAAAAGCAAGAAUGCAGACCUCUCUAAUAUGUUAUUAUCCUUAACAACGUCCAACAACAUCAACACAGAACUUUUUCAAGUAAAAGACGUUCCCCGGCAUCACGUUGAUUUUUGUGAAAGAAAAAACACAAAAAUGAGCUCCGGGAUCUUUUCCUGUUCAACUGAUCCAAAAGAUGAUCUCGAAUCACGUUUGAUAAAUUUCAUUCAUCUCUACAGUCAACGCAGAGAUGACCUUCAGAAAGCCUCAGAGGGCUUAUCACUGACAGCUGCUCAACUUCAGGACAAGCACAAGGACUCUUCUGGGGUCCAAGUUCUCUGUGUGAUAACUGGAGGAUUCCUUGGGGCAGGUUUUGGUGGUGUUACUGGUGGAGUUGGGGGAGCGUUUGGGGCAGUUGCUGCUUCAACUUGGGCACGGAUUUUUGACCACAUUAACGCAGCGGAAACAACUGUGGGCUUUGUCGGCAGUGUGUUAGGUGGAGUUUUUGGGGGAGCGUUCAGUGGUGCUAUUGGCGGUGCAGUCUCUGCUGGAGUUAAAGCGAGUGACAGUCCAGAUAAAGGGAAAGUCAGAAAUGUAGUAUGGCUCACCAUCGGCCUUGCAACUGGUGGUGCGAUCGGUGGUAUUUUUGGUGGGAGAGUGGGUGCUAAAGGUGGGGCAGUUGGUGGUGCUUUCGGAGUGUUGUGUGCUACGGGCUUUGCAGGGGGUGUAGUUGGAAUCGUCAAUUAUUUGCGUUCAAGUAAUUUAGAAGAAGAGAAAUCAACGAAAGAGCAGAUGUUGAGGAAAACUGCACAUUUCUGUGAGACUUUCAAACUCCUGGUGACCGAGCUGAAUAGCAUCAAAACCAUCAGCGACAAAAUGGCCACCAGUGCCGGAGCACAGGGUGUAGCCGAACAGUCCGCAAAGACUCUGACGUCUGUGAAGCUGAUGCUGAAAACCCUGAGUGACUCUCUGCCCAUCACAGAUCUGCCACGGUUUAUUUCCAGUGCUGAAGAAUUGGCGCGACAUAGCAAGAGAAUCACAGAGGAGCUGGCGCAGAUGAAUAAAGAAGGGGAAAAAAUGUUGGUUUCAUUGAUGACACACUGACGCUGAAAAACAAGUACCUUAGAAACGAGUUACACUGCUGUUUCCCAGCAGGUUAAACUAUUCUUUUUAACGAUACAAGGAGAAUAAAAGCUGUAAAUAUGUUUACAACCAACACUGUACAUUCGAUUCACACACCACUCCCUGAUACUCUUUAAUCUUUUAUUAUUUUCUUUAAACAAGUUUAUGGAAGACUUCUCCUUUGUGGUCCUUUGUACUAAUGAAGGGAUGUUUUAAUUAGCCUACAGAUGUUAUUAAAAAAGUGUAUAACAUAUGUGUUGCAGAUCAUUUCUGAUUACAGAGAUGAUGUUUAACUUUGUAAUAUAAGUUACAGUUCAA